AAACAUUUAAGGUGGAACAGGAAGUUCGAACAUGAAGUAGACUUUAGCUUUGUUUGUUUUGUUUUGUUUUUAGCUUUAUUUAAUUAUAGCAUUUUAAAUCGAAUCUUUUAGAAUGGGAAUCACUAAACUGGCAGAUUUAAUUCGGAGUGAAGCUCCUGGUUCUAUUUCUCACAAGGAAAUCGGAGAUUACACCGGAAAGGUUAUCGCUCUCGAUACUUCCAUUGUUGUGAACCAGUUUCGCUCAGCUGUGCCCGGUCUGCCAUACAGUCCUCUACUCGGCCUGUUCUACCGCACCCUUACUUUCCUUGAACAUGACAUCAAGCCGGUCUUCGUGUUUGACGGGAAGCCGCCCAAUCAGAAGAGAGCUGUGCUGGAGAAAAGAGCUCAGAGCGCCGGCUGGAACAGCUCCUAUCGCUCCAACACCGUGUCCACCAAAACCCAGGAAUUCCUCCGUCUCGUGCAGCUGAUGGGAAUGCCCUUUAUCAUGGCUCCUGCAGAUGGUGAGGCGCUGUGUGCUCACCUGGUCAGAGGUGGGGUGGUGGACGCUGUGGCCUCUGAGGACAUGGACACGCUGGCGUUCGGAGGUACCACCCUUCUACGCCAGCUCAACGCCAAGAGAGACAGUGAGGUCACAGAAUACUCCUUACCAAAACUACUGGAAACUUUGCAGCUCACACAGGAAGAGUUUGUAGAUCUGUGUAUAUUACUGGGCUGUGAUUACUGUGAUAAGAUAACAGGACUGGGUCCAAGCCGAGCCCUGAAGCUGAUCCAACAGCACAGAACCAUAGAGCAUGUGAAGCAGAACGUCAACAAAAAGACUCACCCGGUUCCUUUAGCCUGGCAGUACCAGGCUGCCCGCAGGCUGUUUUUGGAGCCACCUCAGGCUGAUACCCCUGAUCUGGCCUGGAGUGAUCCAGAUGAGGAAGGCCUGGUGAAGUUCCUGUGUGUGGAGAAAAACUUAAAGGAGGAGAAGGUUCGAGGAAGAAUGGAGAAGUAUCGUCAGACUCUUAGCAAACGGAGGAAAGAAAGGGAGGAGGCGAAGAAAGAAGGAAGAACCAGACAGUCACGUAUGGAGGAAUUCUUUCGAGUGACACGAAAGAGACCGUCUGCAGAUACCGCGCUGUCAAGUUCCAGCUCCGGCUCCGGUUCCAAAUCGGUAAAGAAAGCAAAGAGGAAAUAAUAACACUGCCCACUGGUGGACAAGAAUCGCCUUAACCAAGAAUUAUUCAGUUUUUAUUUGGACUGUUUUUACUGAGUUAAAUAAUGUUUUUUUUCUGGAAUAUGCUGCUUUAUGUAUGUCAAAAAAUGAUAUAUAUGUAAACCUUUAUAAUAUAAAAGACACUAUUGGUAAUUUACAUUUUGUUACUUUGAAAUCAUGUGUCUUAAAAUACAACAUUUCCUUUCUUAA